UUCACGUGAACUCCGUGUGGGAGAGAAAAUGUGAAAGAAGAUUAGAAAGCGAGGAGCUCGCGAGCAGGGAGCGCGGAUCAAAGACCGGAGCGCCAUGACGCCGACACGGUAAAGUCUCCUGUGUUUCAGAGCCCCCCCCCCCCCGGCCCCCCAACAUGACUCCACCUCUGUACCUGUCCAAGGAGCAGUUCGUCUACAGGAUGUCUCCCAAAACCCGCAAACCGGCCUUGAGCUCCUGCCUGAAGCUGCAGCGCUCCGCCCGCGAGGAGCCAACGGCGCCCGAGGAGGGCGGAGCCUCCGGGAGAGACUCUGACCGGGCCGCCAAGCGGGUGACGUUCGCCGACCACCGAGGUCUGUCCCUGACCAGGGUGAAGGUCUUCUCUCAGUUCGACGACCCCAUUGACAUCCCUCUGAACAUCCAGGAGAUGCUCCGCUCCGCCCUGACGCUCAGCGCCGAGGAGGACAAGCUGGUGCUGGACUUCGCUCAGCCCUCCUCGGACUACCUGCGCUUCCGCCAGAGUCUGGAGAAGAACUUUGUCUGCCUGGAGCACUGCGUGCUGAAGGAGAAAGCCCUAGCGGGAACCGUCAAGGUCAAAAACGUCUCCUUCGAGAAGUCCGUGAAACUGCGGCUGACGUCUGACGGCUGGAGGAGCCACCGGGACGUGGUCUGCGAGUACGUGAAGGACUCGUACCCCACGGCCUUCAGCGACACCUUCUCCUUCAGCGCCGCGCUGCCCGAGCGGCUGCGGCCUCACGAGCGCGUGGAGUUUGCCGUCUGCUACCAGGUGGGGGGGCGAGAGUACUGGGACAGCAACCAGGGGGGCAGCAGCCAGGGGGGCAACUACCGGAUUGUGUGGGCCUCGGCCCGGCGGAGCCGGCCGGGGGGGCCCAGCCCGCACGCCGACUCCUUGGACUUUGGGAUCCACUUUGACCGAUACGGCAGCCCCACCUGCUCCCACGGCAUCUUCCCCGACUGGCCGAGCUACGCAGGCUACGAGAACACGGGCCCGUACUACUGAGCAGGAAGUAGCCCGUACUACUGAGCAGGAAGUAGCCCGUACUACUGAGCAGGAAGUGACCCCAGGAAGUAGGCCUUUGCCACUGACAUUUUGAAUGCAGAGCGUGGACGAGCCGUGGGUUCAUUUACUGUGUAAAGGGUUACCCGGGUCCACCUGGACUACCCGGGUCCACCUGGACUACCCGGGUCCACCUGAGUGGGGUUACUUGGUCACCUUGGUAACCCGGCUGAUCUUCUUUUCUUAACCAAUUGAAUGUCAGAACUUUUGAGUCUGUUUUUCCUUUUGUGGGAUCCAGAGAUUCUGAUGUGACUCGAUUUAUUAAAUGGAUAUUUCGUCCAGCGCGCCCCCCCCCCCCCCCCUCCUGGGCUGACACAAAGUCUGUUAGUUAUUAUUAUAAUAAAGUGAGCUGCUUUUAAAGGAUUGUUUAGCUGGUAUUGAUCUGAAGCUCUUUAAUGUUUCACUGAGCCUCAACUUGAACUUUUGCACCUUUUUAAUCGCGUUGUUGAAGCUGCUGAGUUUCUAUGCACAUGUUAACAUACGUGGAGAAAUGAGUCAAUAAAGUCAAACUUUUUAACUUGUCUGUUUUUUUUAAUGUUGGUCAAGAUUUCAUGUGAAAUUGUACGAAGAAAUAUUUCAUAAUUUGGGUUUAAGGUUUUAAUUUAUGUAAAGACAACAAUUGGAAUCAAUGAUAAAGCAGUUCAUCAAACUAUCGUCAGAAAGGUAAAGAUUUUAUAACUAAUGUGGCAUCAGCACUACUGGUCCUGCUGGUCCUGGUCCUGCUGGUCCUGGUCCUGCUUGAUCUUGCUGCUACUCUUGUCCAACAUUGCUUGUUUUACAACAGCUGUCUUCUGUCUUCCUGGCUGUGGACCAGGUCUACACCAGAGACCGGACAUGUAUUCAAAAUUAAUAUGUUGUCAUCCACUCACCUGAACGGUAUACUCUUAGCGGUCAGUACUACCUGAAGUACUUGAGGUACUCAAAUGAUGUGUUUAAAUAUCUUCAUGUGAUGAUGGAACAUUUAACCCACUGAUUCACAUAGUAAACAAUAUAAAUCCGUCAGUGUCCUGCAGAUGGAGACAAACUGCUUGUCUUCU